GCAAUAUUCCUCAGUAGAAAUCUGCCAAACUCGUUUGGUGUUCCCUUAAGUACAUAAGUUAUACAUAUAUAUGAUUUACUAGGGCAUUAUCCGCAGCACUAUGCGUACUGCUUUAUGGACUUUACUUAUUAUUGCCAUAUUGAAAACUUCUAUUGGCCAAGGAGAUUCUUUGCGGAGUGCUUUAAAUGCGAUCGAUAGACGACAACGAGAUUUAGGUGAUUAUGAGGACAGUGAGUAUGGUUAUACUUUAGAACGACCUGAAGAUCUUGUAUUCCUCAAUUCGCCUGGAUAUGGUAGAGAGAGACCAUACGAGAGACCCUUGUUAAAUUAUAGAAAUGAAGACAAAUAUGAGGCUGAAAUAAAUAAGAGAAUUUCUUCUGCUUUUCGAGAAAGGGUUGAGGAAGAUAACCAGAGACAACAGUUAGAAGAAAUGGCUCAAAAUAUUAUUAAUAAUAUGGAAUCCAGAGGAAGAUAUAAUGUUGAAAACGAAGAUUACGAUGAAAUUUUGAGGGAGCUUUGGGAUAAAUAUAAAAUACCCUAUGAGAGAACUAAAGUUAACUUAUCUCCAGUCGAGAAACGGAUGAUGUACCCUAGAUUUGGUUUGGACAGCGUUGGUUUGAAAAAAAGGAAUCCUUAUGGUGAAGUAUACGACGAUAACUAUGGAAUUGGCGAUGAAUCCUACGAUGAUGAUGGCGAAAGCUAUUAUCCGUAUGCCAGAAAUCGAUAUUAUCAAGGAAAUAAGAUAAGUAAAUUUAGACAGAUGUACGGAAAUCCUUAUUCUCAAGCAAAACGUUUUCCUGUUACCAAACGAAGUAGUGAACUCAAAGACAUUCACGAACAUAAACGUUCUACAACUAAAAAACAAACUGAUCCAAAAGUAGAGAAGGAUUUGAGUAACAUAUUCGGUAACCCCAAAAAAGAGGAAAAAGAAACUACGACAAAAAAGCCUCUAACAAUUAAACCAACUACUCCCAAAAAAGAAGUAGUAACUAAAAGUCCUAAAGAGACUAAUGCGAAAGUAAUCCCUGCGAACAAUGAACAAUUCACGCCAGUAUCCAUGAUAAUUGAGAAACCAUUACAAAUUAAAAAGAAAUCCAUUGACUGGUCUGAUUAUUUUGGUCUCGAUAGACGUAAGAAAUCUUCUGACCCUGACGAUUUAGAUAAGGAAUGGUUAAUUGAAAGAUACCAUAAAUCUAUCAAUUUAUCUAACAAAAAACGUAACGCUGACUUACCUCUAUCUUCUUUUCACAAUCACGACGAUCCUAGAAAAAAAGCCACCACAAAUGAAAAAGAUAAGUAUUCAUCUGAAGAACAGAAAAUAAAUGAGAUGGAUGCUAAACUUCAAAGAAUGGAAGACAAGAUUGUAGAUGAUACUCUGAAAUAUACAGGUGCCCAUGAAGGAGAGACCGAUCCAAAAGAGGUACAAGAAAUAAAAGAUAAAGUUAUUUCUAGACUUGCUGCAGCGUACAGUUUAGAAAAAAUGAGAGCAGCUUUGGGAGAAUAUAGAUUGGCGGUUGCCAAAGAAAGAGAAAAAUUAAAAAGCAAAAUACCGACAAUAGAAGACGGUUACCUCUUUUCAGAAGAAAAACGAACAGCAGUCCCUAGAAAAUAUGUAAUUGAUAAAGAUAGGGAAGAAACUCCAGAAGGAGAUAAUAAUAUUAAAUGUUCAGAAGGGGACGAAGACUGCCACGAGCAAAAUUAUAAAACUCCAAAUGAGAUAUUUGAAAACCAUUAUGGAACUGAAGUAUGUCCUGCAAUUGUACGAAGUUGUAAUGAAGGCGCAGUUGUUGCUGGGGAUUACGGACAAGUUUUCAAAUCGGCUUGCCACAUGCAUGAAAUGUGUCUUUUAUGUAGCAACAACAGCUGGUUUCCUCCGACCCGUCAGUGUCAUUCACUAUUUCUAGCAAAAGCUUUUGAUUUGUGCAAAGGCGAUCAAGAAUGUCAGAAAUUCAUCCAACGUUCCAUCAGAUACUUAUUAGAUGUAACACGUUUUUUACAUGCAGAAGAACCUUCAGUAAUCAACGACUGUGAAAUGUCCUGUCCAGAAACAGAAGCUCUGUUGGAACCAACAUCUAGAUGGUGUAAAUUUGAUACAAGAAAUAUGCAAAAUGAAAAUCUGUAUAGCAAUAUGGAAAAUAUUUCAUUAGACCAUUUUUCCAUGCAGGACAAUACAUACCCAGUAUAUCCUGAAUAUAACCAGGAAACAGUUAUAACGCAACAACCGACUGAAAACAAUUAUCCUGGUUCUAGAAGACCAAUCCCUGUCUCAGUUAUUGAACAAGAUUUUAGAAGAACUAUAUCUCCUACCAAUGGACUAGGCUUUUUGCUAGAUGUGAAUCAAUUAAUAAUACAACAGACUAUUGAACUUGUAGAUCUUAUUGCAAACGUAGCUUCCGAAAAUCGAUAUACAGUAAAAGUACCUCGAGGUGAUACCAUUUAUUAUGCAACCGAAAGCUCUUCAAAUUUCCAAAGAAAUUGUUUGGGCUCAGGUCGAUCAUUUAGUAUGAGACUAUAUGAUAAAACUCAACAAGAAGCUUUAAUUUUUGAACGGAGACUGGCAUGUGGUACUUGUACUUUUUGGUGUUAUCUUCAGAAAAUGGAAGUUUGGAUUCCACCUGGAGAAUUAGUAGGAACAAUAUCUCAAAAUAUAUCGAUUUCAAUGAAAACUAGUUUUAACAUCUGCAAUAGACACGAUGAAAUUAUAUAUAAAAUAGAAGGUCCAAAUUCUUUUGGAUGCAUAUUAGGAAAGUCUCAAAACUUUCAGAUAUUUAAUUAUGACGGUUCGACUCAGAUUGGAAGUAUAAUAUACCAGUGGGAUAAUAUUCAAGUAUCUUACAACCUCUUACUACAAAUGCCGAGUAAUAUUACUGAAACCAGACAUAAAGCUCUCUUAUUGGGAUCUGCGUUUCUAUUGGAGUACAUGUAUUUUGAACAGUCCAAGAAGAAAACGUAUUGCAGAUGCAUAUGCUGAAUAUUUUUAUAACACUUGUACGUUUGUAUUACAGUUUGCAAUAAAUAAAUACACAUUGAA